AUGUUUGAUAGGCAACAAGAACUGCUUGAAGAGUUGCUUAGGAGAGAAGAACAACCGCGCAAGAGAAGGUCCAUAUAUAGAGAUCAUCAAGCAGCGCAUGAGAGGCUCAUCGCCGACUACUUUGUCGAAUCAUGCACAUACACUGAUGCCCAAUUUCGACGAAGGUAUCGAAUGAAUAGGCCUAUCUUUCUACGAAUUGUGGAUUCUAUGUCAAAUUUCGAUGUUUACUUCACACAACGUCGUAAUAAUGCGGGCAAGCUUGGUUUAACCCCUAUCCAAAAGUGUACUGCUGCCCUACGCAUGCUCGCAUAUGGAGUAGCAGCUGAUGCUUGUGAUGAGUACGUGAAGAUAGGAGAAUCUACUGCGGUUGAGUGUACUCAGAGGUUUUACGAAGGGGUAAUAGCCUUGUUUCAAGAUGAAUACUUAAGACGACCCAAUGUGCAAGACUUGCAGAGGUUAAUCCAAGUUGGACAAGAGCGUGGUUUCCCAGGGAUGAUUGGAAGUAUCGAUUGCAUGCAUUGA